CGAGAGGAGGAGGAGGAGGCAAAGGGAGGGAACCCGGUCCCUGCGCCAGGGCCUUCGGCCAGAGCUUUUUCCAUGUGGAGGCUCUUUCAAUGGACGUGUCCCCGCGUGCUUCUUAGACGGUCUGCGGUCUCCUAAAGGUCGACCAUGGUGGCCGGGACCCGCUGUCUUCUAGCGUUGCUGCUUCCCCAGGUCCUCCUGGGCGGCGCGGCCGGCCUCAUUCCCGAACUGGGCCGGAGGAAGUUCGCCGCAUCUCCUGGCAGCUCCUCGUCCCAACCCUCGGACGACGUCCUGAGUGAGUUCGAGUUGCGGUUGCUCAGCAUGUUCGGCCUGAAGCGUAGACCCACCCCCAGCAGGGACGCCGUGGUGCCCCACUACAUGCUGGACCUGUACCGCCGGCACUCGGGCCAGCCGGGAGCACCAGCCCCCGACCGCCGACUGGAGAGGGCAGCCAGCCUCGCCAACACGGUGCGCAGCUUCCACCACGAAGAAUCUUUGGAAGAACUGCCAGAAACAAGUGGAAAAACAACCCGGCGAUUCUUCUUUAACUUAACUUCUAUCCCCACUGAAGAGUUUAUCACCUCAGCAGAGCUUCAGGUUUUUCGGGAACGGAUGCAGGGAACUUUUGAAAACAAUAGCAGUUUCCAUCACCGAAUUAAUAUUUAUGAGAUUAUAAAACCUGCCACAGCCACCUCGAAGUUCCCUGUGACCAGACUUCUGGACACCAGGUUGGUGAAUCAGAAUGCAAGCACGUGGGAGAGUUUUGAUGUCACCCCUGCGGUGGCGAGGUGGACUGCCCAGGGACUCACCAACCAUGGCUUCAUGGUGGAAGUGGCCCACUUAGAGAACCAAGGUGUCUCCAAGAGGCACGUUAGGAUUAGCAGGUCUUUGCACCAAGGUGAGCACAACUGGUCACAGAUAAGGCCACUGCUAGUAACUUUUGGCCACGAUGGAAAAGGACAUCCUCUCCACAAAAGAGAAAAGCGUCAAGCAAAACAUAAACAGCGCAAACGCCUGAAGUCCAGCUGUAAGAGACACCCUUUGUACGUGGACUUCAGUGACGUAGGGUGGAAUGACUGGAUUGUAGCCCCGCCGGGGUAUCAUGCCUUUUACUGCCAUGGGGAAUGCCCUUUUCCCCUGGCUGAUCACCUGAACUCCACUAAUCACGCCAUUGUGCAGACGUUGGUCAACUCAGUAAACUCUAAGAUUCCUAAGGCGUGCUGUGUACCAACAGAACUCAGUGCUAUCUCCAUGCUGUACCUUGAUGAAAAUGAAAAGGUUGUAUUAAAGAACUAUCAGGACAUGGUUGUGGAGGGUUGUGGGUGUCGUUAGCACAGCAAAAUGAAAUAAAUAAAUAAAUAAAUAUAUAAAAAAAAAAAAAAAAACACCAAGUUGACACUUUAAUAUUUCCCAAUGAAGACUUUAUUUAUGGAAUGGAAUGGAGAAAAAAACCGGCUAUUUUGAAAAUAUAUUUAUAUCUACGAAAGGAAGUUGGGAAAACAAAUAUUUUAAUCAGAGAAUUAUUCCUUAAAGAUUUUAAAAUGUAUUUAGUUGUACAUUUUAUAUGGGUUCAACCCCUGCACAUGAAGUAUAAUGGUCAGAUUUAUUUUGUAUUUAUUUACUAUUAUAACCACUUUUUAGGAAAAGAAAUAGCUAAUUUGUAUUUAUAUGUAAUCAAAAGAAGUAUUGGGUUUGUACAUACUUUUCCAAAAAUGGUAGUUGUGUUUAGUUGUGUGUAUUUAAGAUGAAAAGUCUACAUGGAAGGUUACUCUGGCAAAGUGCUUAGCACAUUUGCUUAUUUGCAGUGCUACUGUUAAGGUCACAAGUUCAAGUCCAGAAAAAAAAAGUGGGUAAUCCACUCUGCUGACUUUCAAGAUUAUUAUAUUAUUCAAUUCUCAGGAAUGUUGCAGAGUGGUUAUCCAAUCCAUGAGAACUUACAUCCUUAUUAGGUGGAAUAUUUGGAUAAGAACCAGACAUUGCUGAUCUAAUAUAGAAACCCUUCUCCCACCCCUUAAUCUGUAGAAAGAACAAAGCAGGACCAAUAGAAAUAACUGGGAAAAUUAUGAACCUGCAGGAAAGUGAAUGAUGAUUUGUUGUUCUUCUUUCCUAACCUAGUGAUCCCUUCAGAGGGGCUGGUCUGGCCAAAGUACUAAAUAAAACAUGAGAUUUCUUCAUUAUUGAUAUUGUGGUAUAUUUAAAAUUGAUAUCUAGUGGCCCUCAUGGUUGGAAAUUGAUUUGUGUUUAAAUUAACUUUUAUCUCGUCCGGGAGCGCUUUGUGCUCGUAAGGACCUAAUUUUCUAACUUUGCUCAAUACACAGCAGAAUCGUGCCCAUCAUGUUUUCUUCCCAUCCCUAUUUUCUGUGUGAUCAGCUUAUGUUUCUUUCCUAGGCUAUGGUUUCAAACACAUUUCUCCAAAUGUUAAACCUAUUUCAGAUAAUAAAUAUCAAGUCUCUGGCAUUUCAUUUUA